AUGACUACCGAAAUACGAGAACUAGCCCAGGAGCUCACUGCUGCUCUGCACCAAUACCCAAAUUUCCCCACUGAGGGAAUUUUGUUCGAGGAUUUCUUGCCAAUCUUCAGAAACCCAGAUCUUUUCACCAAGUUGAUCAAGGCUUUCAAACUUCAUUUGGACCAGACCUUCCCAGACCAGAAGAUCGACUACAUCGUUGGUUUGGAGUCUAGAGGUUUUCUUUUUGGCCCCACUCUGGCCCUUUCCUUGGAUGCCGGUUUCGUUCCAAUCAGAAAGGAAGGUAAGCUUCCAGGCAAACUCGUCUCGGCUUCCUACACCAAGGAGUACGGUACCGGUACUUUCGAGAUGCAGGUAGAGAGCAUUCCAGAGGGUUCUAACGUGGUUAUUGUUGAUGACAUUCUGGCCACUGGUGGUUCUGCCGGUGCUGCUGCUGACUGUCUGCUCAAAUGCAAGGCCAACAUUUUGGAGUUUGACUUCGUCAUGGAGUUGGACUUCUUGAAGGGUAGAGAAAAACUGCCAGGUCCAACCUUCACUCUUUUGUCUGGACAGACGGAGGGUCUGGCUGGAAAGAACUGA